AUGGACGAAGAAACAAGUGACACUUGGAAAGAUCAGUUCGAUGUAAGAUCAACAUCACUAUCUGGGUAUGUGACAUCUUCCACAAAAUUGUACAAGUUGUUACAGGAGUACGAUUAUGCAACUUCCUCUAGGUUCCGAUGCUUAAAAAGUUCCAUACAAUUUGGAAAGGAUGUUGAUGUAGGAGAGAUUGAUAAAUCCCAUAUCAGAUUUGUGGACACACAGGAAAAUGCUGAACCCCAUAUAGAAUAUGAUGCUAUCCCUUUCAUUAUUAUGGGCAAAAAAAUCUUGGAAUGUCACCAGGGAUAUGACAGAGACGAAAGAAACAACCAAAAGAAACAAAGCAAAGCAAGAGAAGAUACUGAACAGUCCAUGAAACUGGUUUACAUUUUGUGCGAAUGGCCAAGGAUGGAUCUUCCCAUAAACAAGGGAACAGGAAACAUACAAGGCUACAAUAUAGCAACUCUGUUUGCAAAAGACAUCAAAACAAAGCUGAAGGAAAUAUUGGAAUUAGAAGAGGGUGAUAAGAGGUGUUAUGAACCACACUGGAGAUAUAUGCGAUGGAUUGACAGGAAUGACUUGACCGACCAUAAUGUGAUGAAUAACUCUGUGAAAGGAAUGGAAGAAAGAAAUAAACUUUUUCAUAAAGAGUGGUCUCUUCAGUCCUCCAGGAUAUUACCUUAGUUUGAAAAACUGCAAUAAUGGAAAGCUUAUGGCAACACUGGAAGAUGAGACAGGACAGAGAUUGAAUGAAGGAGUUAGAUACUUUAAGGAUGUAUUGCUUGUAGAAGCAAGAAUCAUUAUCGCUUCUGUUGUCAAGAACAUAACAUAUAGAGAAGCUGAAGAACUUCUCUAUCCAUUGAAAUAACAAA